AGAUACUCUUAAUUUGUCGUAAUAAGCAUGAAAACCAAGUUGUUUGUCUCUGCGUGCUUCUAUGCACUACUUCUCAUAUUUCUUGUGGCAAUUAUGCUUUCCGAAGCUGGUGAAACAAAAAAAAUCAAAGAUAAAUAUUGGGGUACAUGAAUAUGCAAACUGGCUAGGUAAAGGCACACUAUUGCAAGAAGGUGAUAGAAACACAAAUGAGUGUGGUGGUGGAAAUAUUUUCUUUUGUUUAUAUCUAUCUAGCGGAAAGACAGGUGCAAUUUUGAAGGGCAACGAAGGGAAAAGCAAUGACGGUUGUGGUGAUGGAAUAGAGAUUCAUUGUAGAAAAGGGUAUGUCGAUGGAACAAUAUGGGAUAAGGAUAUUAGUAUUACUAAGGGCACAGGAUGGCAGACUACCGGUCGAAAAGGGGGCGGCAGUGGAAAAGGUGGAAAAGGGGGAGGUGGUGGAUACAGAAUACCCAUUCCCGGAGUAGGAAAAGGAGGUGGUGGAAAAUGAGGCGGAGAUGAAAAGUUAUAGAACUUUUCGAUGGGUGGAAAGGAGACCAAUAAUGGAAAAAGGGUGGUGGUGGAAAUGGUAUAAAAUAUUUUUACAGUAGUAGAAAUGGGGGUAGUUAGGGACACCAGUCAAGUGUACGGAAAGUCUCCAUGGAAAAUUAGACUAGUAUAUUCGUAGUAUCAGUAUGUGUUUGUGUGUGAUUGAUGUAUCCAUGCCACACUAUAUUAAUGUUGUUAUAAAUGUAAAGUAAAUCACUAGUUAUUAUAUUAGUUAAUUAUUGUGAUGUUUUCGUGUGUAUUAGGUCAAUAAUAAGUGUUUGCAUAUUUAUAUUUAAUUA